UGUGCAAAUCAUACACCGAUCACGAUCAGUCUAUUGUACGUGCUAGUAAGCAUAUUUGUGCUAAACACAAUGAGUAGUAAAGGCAAGAAAAACAACUGUAAAUUCUCAUUUUCUGAGUUGGAUAUACUUAUCACUGGAGUGACAAAUUAUUAUCAUAAACUUUUCGGAAAAGGCAGGUCAUAUACAACUUCCAUAGAACGAUCUGCAUUCUGGACAGAAAUGACACAUAAAGUGAAUUCUGUGUCGAACGUUAAGAGAAGCAGAAAACAAGUAAGACACCGAUGGGAUGACCUAAAAAGGGUUCUUGUUAGAAGAAUAGUCAAGCAGGGUACACCCCCGGGUGUUAAUGCCGUCUUUGAAGAACUAAAGAAAACUAAAACGAAUAAUGAUCGCAGAUUAAACAAGACCGACGCGAGUUUUGAUGUUAGCUGUGCUGUGGAAGAAUACCCGUAUCCUGCAGCAGGUAAUACAACAACUGCCAUUCCACAUUAUGACAUAGAAUGGGAGAACAGAAGCGAAUCAGAAUCGGAUGAAACCGUGGCAGGAGUCCAGAAAAGAAGAACUUGUAAAUUCUCCGAUUUUGAGUUAGAUACACUUGUGACAGAAAUAUCAAACAAUUACAAAGCACUCUUUGGAGAGGAAAGAUCAGUUACGUGCUUAAGCGAAAGGACAAGAAUCUGGAGUCAAAUAACAGAGAAAGUCAAUUCUGUGUCUGCCAUCAGACGAAGUGAAAAACAAGUAAAACACAGAUGGGAUGACCUCAAAAGGCGGUCCACCUGUCUGUUAAAUCUGAAGAAGCACCCAAAAGUUAAAACAGCUAAUGUGGAGAUGAACAUUAUUGAAAGAAGAGUUGUAGCUAUUGUGUAUCCUGAGUGCCUCCCACUUCUUGACGAACUUGGAUCUGCAGAGUCAAACACACAAAAUGAAUUUCCAGAAGUGUUUGUAGAAGUUCUAGCUGAUGAUGAGCCAGACAAAGUUGAAGAAAGUCACACUGGACCAAUCAUAAUUGUCCAGCCCCAUGAAUCUUCUCUCCUGGAGGAUUUUACUCCAAGGAUUGUGGGCCCACCCUUUUCAUUGGCACCCUGUUCGCUUUCACAGGAUCAGCACAUGGAACAGGGACACCCUCCGCUGCUGGAUGAAGCGUUGCAGGAUAAGAAAGAGCCACACCAUUAUAUAUAUUCUGGUGAAACUAAUGAGACUGUUGUUAGCCAUGUUAGUGAAGGGAACCAGGUUACUAAUACAGGUUUAUCCGAGCUUAGUAACCAGGUUGCACUACUGGCAAAUCAGAUAGGUCAACUGACAAACCAGGUUGGUGAUCUUGGACGAAUUAUGAUGCAGAGGAACAAUAGUGAGCAGUUUCAAAUGGAACAGAUGACUGUUAAUCAAAACAUUUCAGCCACGCUAAGUCUCCUCACCGCGGUUAUUGCCUCUGGGGCUUUCUCAACAGCCCGUGUAGUUUCUGAUAGCAGUACACAGACUGUUUCCCCUAUUGCAACAACAUGUAAGGACCCAGAGUGCCAGACAUCACCAACAGUAGAAUAAUCCAGAACGGCUGCCUCUUCUAGUGCCAAAAUGUUUCACGCGUAUUGAAAAAUGUGAAAGGCCUUACUCAAAACUAUCGUGUUGAGUUUUAAACAAUACUAUGGAUAGUAGUGGCGUGUUGUUUAUUCAAAGUGAUAUCUGCAUCUGGUCGGGUACCUGCGGAUGACCCGGAAGUUUUUCACAGUUUGCGGUUCGGGUGCAGGUCAAAUAAAUGUACAUUUCGGGUCUGAAUUUGAAUAACCAAAAAUGUUUUCUGUCAUUUUAGCGUACUCUUCUCUUACCCUUUCCCAAAUAACAUAUUAGAAAGUAAAUGUACAAGUAUUUCCUGCACUAAAGCAGGAUGCGAUUAGGGAAGAGUCAGCUGACUAAGCCGUGUUCUCGCUUGUUUGAUAUGUCACAAGAUGCUUUAACCACGUCUGCUUGGUGAUAUUAAAAAUGUUUGUGGAUGAGGUGAAACAAAAAAUAGCGCAGGGUUUAUGUCAUGUAGUUCGAGAGGUAAAUCAGAAGUGAGGAAUUCUUUUGGAAUCAUAGUGAAUGAAAAUAACGAACAUGUGACUGGAUUCGUUGCUUGUAAAACUGCGUUGCUUGUCAUUAUGUCUUUGUGAACGACAGCCACAAAACUGGUACAUCUCUGCGAAAGCACAGGUGUAGCUCCCUUUCAACUGGUGGCACGAAAGGAAUAGACAGGUAUUUUAUAGUAAAGUAGAGAUAGUUAAUAUGUUACAGUGUUAAAAUAUAUCUAGACCACUAGAGAAAGCUACCACGCUGUAUAGCCUAUUGUAUAAACUCGAUCUGUGGAGAAUGGUAGAUAUAUCUGUAUCAAUGGGAAUGUGAGAGCCAGUCGGUGCAGGCAAUAAGUAAAGGACAAACACUUGCGGGUUCGGGUCGUGUUGCAGGUCUUAUUAAAGCGGGUCGGGUCAGGUUGCGGGUUCGAGUCGGGUCCUGUAGUAGCGGGUUUGUUUACAGUAAAAUCAAAAUAAUUGCCAGGUUUAUUAAAAGUCGGGGAGUUGAUCUUUAGGGGUACACCAUGAGAUAACAUAAAACACAGGGACUUUUUCUUGCAACUAGACCACUGAAUCUCCAUAGCCAGAGAAAGAUGAGAUUUUUUUUUUUUUUUAGAAAGAAUGUAAUGUCUGUAAAAUUUUUUUUAAACAAUUGCCGUGCACAGUUAUGGCCAAAAGUUUUGCAUCAACUAUAGAAUUAACUCAUUUUGCUUCAUAAAGUUGAAUGAAACCUGCUGAAUAAUGUUACAUUAACAUAUAGAAUUACAUACCGCUUGAUAGUUUGAACAUGAAAUACUGUAAAACUAUUAUGGCUUCUGGUAGAUUUAUGUUAAAUAAAAUAUCUCAAUUAUGUUCAUAUAUAUAUAAUUAUAUAAUUAUUUCUCAAUCCUAAAAUUCUAGGCGUUGCAAAACAUUUGGUCAUAACUGUACAUCCAUAUACCACAUUAACUUAAUUACAGAAUACAGUUUUGGAAGUUGUGAGAAUAUCUUGGCUUUAACAGUUUGUUUUUUGUGGUAAAUUUCAUUUUUAUAAUUAAAAUGCCUCCUCCAAGUCAUAUAUCACUGAGAUAGGAUACCUGUUUUUACAGAAUGUAUCACAUCAGUGACUGUGCCUUGCAGUCAGAUAUCAGGAACACGUGGACAGAAUACUCUUGGGUUUAUACACUGAUUUUGAGAGUUAAUAAUCAGAUAUAUGCUAAGAAUAAAGAUUUUACUCCAAUGAUGUCCUAUAUUUUGAUCCCCCUUGUUCUCCUCAGGCUAGAAUGUUCCUUUAAAAAAAGCCAAGGAGAACUGAAAGUUGUCUUCUGAUCCCACCAACAUGACAAUCACUUCUUUACAAUCAGGAGUUCAGCUAUGGAUGUAGACACCUGGAGAGCAGAGAUCCGCCCUUCAGAUGUCUGCUUGAGCUCCCCGAGUGCUUGACCAGUGUGUCCGUUGAGCUGAAGCAGUUUCUUGAAGAUUGUACCUCCCCAACCUGUAGGAGCACCAGCACCAACGCAAUGCUCCCCGCAGGAUAACAUGCGCUCGACUACACACAACAGGGUUGUCAUUUACCAGAUGAACCACUCAGGGAUCCACACCAUUAAGCACACCAACUGCCAUGUGUCCAGUUAAUUGUUUCUUUGAGUUGGAUAAUCCUGAUGGGAUCUGUUUCUGUUUGAAAGGCUUGGUUAUCGCUCCUUUGUGGUCUUGCACGCUCUCAGUAAUGCCAUCUGUGGUGCCAUCUAGCAUAUGCUUCUUCUGAAUGAGAAAUCAAGUGUAAAAAGAUUUCUUUGGUCAUAAAUGCCAUGUUUUGUUCUUACCACCCCAACUGCCCAGAGGUCUAAUACUGUAGGCUUUUGUUUGUGUUUUUAUACAUGAUAUACCUUUUCCUUUUUUUUUUUUUUUACAGAGAUUGUUAUUCUGUUAUUUUCACUGUUAUUUGU